CGAUGCUUUCACCCUGUCCACCGCCCCUUUCUUCCUCAGCCACCAGCACCCCCAGCCCCGAGACUCAGACCGUUGCACGCACAAGUCUUCUACCAGACCACGCAAAAACCACCGCUCGUUCAACAUGAAGCUCGCAGUCGUUGCCGCCGCCACCUUCUUCAUGGGCGCCCUCGCCGCCCCCAGCCCGGCCCAAGCAACCCAGUACAGCGACGCCGAAUGGCGCGUCGAAGACUACCCCGGCCACACCGUCAUUGUCAACGGCACGAUCGAGACGCUCGUCGCCCAGCUACGCCAGUUGGGACACCCACAGAAACAACAACACAGCGCUUCGACCAGACCCGGACAAGGAGAAACAGCAGCACGCAACGCCCCGCAGCAGUUCGACGCGGACGCGGACACGCCGACGGCGACGGUCGCGCGGCGCAACAUCGACUUCAGCGGCGGCAGCUACUACUGCGGCGGGCCGCUGCCCUACGCCCACAUGGCGGCCUACUGGGAGGGCAUGCGCUACCUGCAGAGCAUCAUCGGCGAGGUGCGCGUGCCGCCGGGGCCCGGGAUGUGCAGUCGGGUUAGCUGCUCGUAUGGUGCGGCGGUUUAUAUCUGUAAUGAUAGAAAGGAUGAACUCUAUCUCGAUUCGUUCGCGCGCAUCGCGGACGGUCUUAGCUACGUCAUCACCAGGUGUGCGACCAACAACUGGGGCACGACGAUGGUUGCGGGACAGGUUUUCCAUCCUGACCAGUGGAACGUCAUUGUUCGUUCAGAUUAUUGCUAGAUCUGAGGGGAGGAGGUUCCAUGGCUGUAGUUCGAAUACUGUGUGGAUUUACGGGUAGCUGUAGUUAGUGAGAGAGAGGGUUGGUGUCUAUGUAUGUUUCCUAAUCUGUAAAUUGAACUCUCGAAAUGCUCUACGCAUGCCGUUUACUUCAUUUGUCACACGAGACGUUCCAGCGAGGAAGGGCUCGAGUGAAGUCUUGGUGGCUCCGACUUGGUCCACAUAGACCUUGGAUUUGGUGAAUGAGGCACUAUUACGGUCCUACUACGGCACUUGUUCUACCCGGC